UCGGCGCUCGGCGACCGCAGGUGCUGUGCGCCGCGCCCCUCACCGCCAAGCGUGGCUCGGGGCGUGGCGCUUACGUAAACAAGCGUGGCCGCCGCAGCCACGCCACUGUCCGUCCUAGCAAGACCCCAUGUUGGCCCGGCGCCUCGAUAUAUGUGGAUAGCUCGCGACUCGCCGCUCCGCCGCCGCGGCCGCUGUCAUCACAGACUGCGCUUAUAGCAUCAAGAGGCGCGAUGCAGGCGCACGCGUUGAUGGCGCUGGCGGCGCUAGGCGCGCUGGCGGCGGGCGUCGCGGAGCGCGGCGGCGGCAUCAAGGUGGGCGGGGGUGGCGCGGGCGGCACGGGCGGUGGGGCGCGCGGCGGCGGCGUGCGGCUGGGCGGGGACUUCCGCCGCGCGCGCACCUCCCCCGCGCCCGCCGUGCCCCGCGCCCCCUCUGUCAUCACCGCCGCGCUCGUCGUCCCGCACAAGGCCUUCGGCGCGCGCGACUACACGCGAGCGGAGAAGGCGGCACUGUCUAAACUACCGCGCAAACUCAAACUAUUCUCGCAAGUGCGCCUAAAUGUUACGCUUUCUAUGCAGGGCCUUACGCCUAGUCCUAUGUCUAUCUUGGACUCGCUAUGUAAAGAAUUUUUAGCAGUCAACGUAUCUGCUAUACUCUAUCUUAUGAAUCAUGAACAAUACGGGCGAUCUACUGCCUCUGCACAAUAUUUCCUCCAACUCGCCGGAUAUCUUGGCAUACCGGUGAUCGCGUGGAACGCGGACAACAGCGGGCUGGAGAAGCACGCGUCGCACGCCUCGCUGCGCCUGCAGCUCGCGCCCACCAUCGAGCACCAGACGGCCGCUAUGCUCUCUAUAUUAGAGAGGUACAAGUGGCACCAGUUCAGCGUCGUCACCUCCGCCAUCGCCGGCCACGACGACUUCAUACAGGCGGUGAGGGAGAGGGUCACGGCUUUGCAGGAUCGUUUCAAGUUUACGAUUCUCAAUGCGAUAGUCGUAAAGAAGCCGGCUGAUUUGAACGAGCUGGUAACGAGCGAGGCGCGCGUGAUGCUGCUGUACGCGACGCGGGAGGAGGCUGCCGAUAUUCUGUCGCAGGCGGGGGACCUCCAUCUCACGGGAGAGAACUUUGUUUGGAUCGUCACUCAGAGCGUGCUCGGCUCCAUGCAGCAGCCGAACAAAUUUCCAGUUGGGAUGCUUGGUGUACACUUCGACACGUCGAGCUCGUCAAUAAUAUCGGAGAUCGCGACCGCCGUCAAGGUGUUCGCUUACGGCGUCGAGUCGUACGUCAACGAGCCAGAUAAUGUACGGUACCCGCUCGGUACCCGACUGUCGUGUAGCGGUGUUGGUACCGGCGAGGCCCGCUGGUCCACUGGCGAACGUUUCUAUCGCCAUCUACGAAAUGUCAGCGUCGAAAGCGACUCCGGACGACCGAGCAUCGAGUUCACACCAGACGGCGAACUGCGCGCUGCCGAACUUAAGAUCAUGAAUCUGAGGCCGACCCUCGGCGAUCAGCUGGUGUGGGAAGAAAUAGGUACGUGGAACUCGUACCCGAAGGAGCGUCUCGUUAUAAAGGACAUAGUGUGGCCGGGGGGCCUGCACACGCCACCCCAGGGUGUGCCGGAGAAGUUCCACAUGAGGAUCACGUUUCUAGAGGAGCCGCCGUACAUCAACCUGGCGCCGCCGGAUCCCGUCAGCGGACGAUGCUCGCUCGACCGCGGUGUUAUAUGCCGCGUCGCGCCAGAGGUCGAGGUGGCUGGGUUAGAAGCUGGCGCGGCGCACCGGAACAGCUCGCUGUACCAGUGCUGCAGUGGGUUCUGCAUAGACCUGCUUCAGCAGCUGGCCGAGCACCUGGGCUUCACGUACGAGCUGGUCCGAGUUGAGGACGGCCGCUGGGGCACGCUGCACCACGGCAAGUGGAAUGGGCUCAUCGCUGAACUCGUUAACAAGAAGACGGAUAUGGUACUGACAUCGCUAAUGAUAAACUCUGACCGCGAGGCGGUGGUGGACUUCAGUGUACCGUUCAUGGAGACGGGCAUAGCGAUAGUGGUGGCCAAGCGGACGGGUAUCAUAUCUCCCACUGCCUUCCUCGAGCCGUUCGACACAGCGUCGUGGAUGCUAGUCGGCGCCGUCGCGAUACAAGCCGCCACCUUCUCAAUAUUCUUCUUCGAAUGGCUUUCCCCGAGCGGAUUCGAUUGCUCCACGGGCGAUAACUCGAAAAGAAUACCUCAGAAUAGGUUCUCGCUCUGUCGAACUUAUUGGAUCGUUUGGGCGGUCCUCUUUCAGGCAUCGGUGCACGUGGACUCGCCGCGCGGUUUCACGGCGCGCUUCAUGACUAACAUGUGGGCGAUGUUCGCGGUGGUCUUCCUGGCUAUAUACACCGCCAACCUCGCGGCUUUCAUGAUAACGCGGGAGGAGUACCACGAGCUGAGCGGGCUGGACGACCCGCGGGUGGCGCGCCCGCUGUCACACCGCCCCGCGCUGAAGUUCGGCACCGUGCCGUGGUCGCACACUGACGCGACGCUGCAUAAGUACUUCCCCGAGCCGCACGCCUAUAUGGCUCAGUACAAUCGCAGCACGGUGAGCGCGGGCGUGACCAGUGUACUGACGGCCGAACUCGACGCUUUCAUCUACGAUGGCACUGUGCUCGACUAUUUAGUGUCCCAGGACGAGGACUGCCGCCUGCUGACGGUCGGCUCCUGGUACGCCAUGACGGGAUACGGCCUAGCUUUUACACGAAACUCCAAAUACCUCAGUAUGUUCAAUAAACGCCUGCUCGACCUGCGCUCCAAUGGCGACCUAGAGAGGUUAAGAAGGUACUGGAUGACGGGCACGUGCAAGCCGAACAAGCAGGAGCACAAGUCAUCGGACCCGCUGGCGCUCGAGCAGUUCCUGUCGGCGUUCCUGCUGCUGAUGGCGGGAAUACUGCUGGCGGCGCUGCUGCUGCUGCUGGAGCAUGUGUACUUCCGCUACAUGCGGGAGCACCUCGCCGCCUCCAGCGCCAGCGCCUGCUGCGCCCUCGUCUCCCUCUCUAUGGGCCAAUCCCUAUCGUUCCACGGCGCCGUGGUGGAAGCGGCGGCGCAGGGCUUCGGUGGCCCGCGGCGCGGACACUGUCGCUCCGCUAUCUGCGCGGCCCAGGUGUGGCGGGCGCGGCACGAGCGCGACGCAGCGGUGGCGCGCGCGCGGCAGCUGGCGGCGGCGCUGGCGGCGCACGGGCUGGCACCGCCGCCGCGCCGGCUGGCGUCCGCCGCCGCGCUGCUCGCCGCCGGCCACGACGCUACGCACCCGCGCACCCUGCACGCGCCCGCCGACCUCCUGCCCGACCUCGACCGCCCGCUCUCCUGUGGCGACCUGCGCGCGAGGGAGCGGAUGCGGGUAGAAAUGGAAACAGUGCUGUGAGGCGCAUAUUGCGCCACCCUUUUUCAAUUCCUGAAGGCUGUUCUUACACCAAGUUAUAUAAUAUACAAGACGAAGUUAGUUAUACCUAAUGUUAAAAUACGGACAGAUAAAAGAAACGUUGUAAUUAUUAAAUAAAUUAUUCCAAUUAUUAAAACAAAGAGAUGGAGGUAGAUAGCGAAGCGUUGUUGUGGGACGCGCGCGCGGGGCGGGCUGGGCGCCGUGCGCGCGUCCGCGUGUUGUCUACUACAAUAAAAUAUAUUUUUUGGACAAUA